UUCCGGUCAGAUUUGUUUUACUUGUGAUGCAAGGAUAGGAUGAAUUCCCUGUAUGGAUCCCCCUUAUUAUCGGCAUGGUCGUUUUUAGUUGGCUGUGUAGUUUUUAUGACAGGAUUUUUUCCUACACCAAGAACCAUUGGACAUGUCAAGCCGGUUUGGAACCAAAGCACAGACUCUUCUGGGUCCUCACACAGGAUGGCCUGGAUGGUAAUUGAUGCACUGAGGUCAGAUUUCACUGUGAACAGAGAGUCAGUGCCAUUUCUAGCCAAGAUGGAGGCAAUGGGGCAUUUGAGAACAUAUGUGGCACUGGCACAACCACCAACUGUGACUCUUCCCAGAGUGAAGGCGCUGACCACCGGCACUGUGCCCGAGUUUUUGGACGUUCUGCGGAACUACGACGGCGGUGCGCUGGCGCAGGACAGCCUAGUGCACAGUCUGCGUCGUGCUGGUCGUCGCGUCGUCUUCUACGGCGACGAUACGUGGACGCGGCUCUUCCCGGACGCGUUCCUGCGCCACGAGGGCACUCACUCGUUCUUCGUCAACGACUACACGGAGGUGGACAACAACGUGACCCGCCACCUAAGCUCUGAGCUGGCGAGGGGCGACUGGGACCUGCUCAUCCUGCACUACCUCGGCCUGGACCAUAUCGGACACCUGGCCGGUCCGGCCAGUCCGCUGAUUGGUGCCAAGCUGGCCGAGAUGAGUGACGUCAUGGAGCAGCUGUAUCACGGACUGACAGCCCGCACGACGGGCCCCCCGCCGGUGCUGGUGGUGUGCGGCGACCACGGCAUGAGCGAGGCCGGCAGCCACGGCGGCGCCUCGGCGCCGGAGACGCGCGUGGCGCUCCACUUCGUCAGUCCGAUGUACGCCGGCCGGCGGCAGGCAGACCCGGGCCGCGAGGUGCACCAGGUGGACGUGGCGCCCACGUUGGCCGCGCUGCUCGGCCGGAUGCAGUCCAAACUGCUGUCGGUCACCGCCCGGCACGAUGCUGUCUCCAUGGCGCUGGGCAUCCUGCUGCAGCUGACGCGCCUGUCGCCGCUGAGCUGGCUGCUGUGCGGCGGCUGCGUCCUGCACCUGGUCACCCUCGGCUCCAGCAGCUUCAUCGAGGAGGAGCACCAGACCUGGUACUUCCUCAGCAGCACUGCCUGGCUCCUGCUGCUGGCCGCCGAGCUGCCCCCGCUCGCCGCCGCUCUGCUCCUGCACUACAUCGGCAUGGCCGGCUUCUUCUACAUGGGCAACUCCAACAGUCUGGCCAGCGUGGACAUAGCGGCGGGCUACGUGGGCGUGGCCAGCCACCGGCCGACAGUGGCUGUGCUGCUUACCGCCUGUCACACGUACGCCGCUCCCGUCCUGGCCACGCUCACCGCCCUCCAGCUCGCCCACCGGCACAGAUGUUUCCCGGACGUGCUGCACGUGCUGGUGACGCUCCGCGGCGCUGUCCUCCUAGUCUACUGCUGCCUGUCGGCCGCCUUCGUGCACCACAUCUUCGUGUGGACCGUGUUCUCGCCCAAGCUGUUGUACGAGGCAAUGUGGACGGCGGUGAUGACCGCGGUGGCUUGUGUCGCAUCUGGCGCCGUCUGGUGGACGCGACGGAAGCUGUGAUCC